CGAGGUCCUUGCAUUUUGCCCUCCACUCGCCAAGCUUUGGUGUCACCUCAUCUCUCCGUGUAUAAUAGCUAGCUAACCUACCCGCCCCCUUCGUCUAAUAUGUCAGGUUGAAGCUUCUUGUUCAAUCUAUCAAGGAAUACUGUACUCCGAACAUUUGACCAAAAAGCUGUCAACAAGAAAAGUUUCUUUUUAAAUUUUUUUUUGUUCUCUCUAACACCAAGACCCAUCUCAUCUGAUCAUCAGACUUACGUCAAAUCGGAUCAUCGAACACACAAGAAACCAACUAAAAACACACAUAUACCCUCUCUUCUCUCUCUACCAUCAUGCCUUCAUACACCAUCAACGAGCCGCACCCAACCGUGCAGCAAAACACCUACACCCACUCCGGCCGCGGCGGAGCAGGCAAUGCCCACGCCUCCCAGAGGCCCGCCAUGUCCUUUGACGACGAGUACUACGCCGACGCAGUGCGCGCCAGCUCCGAGAGGGUCUACGUCGGCCGCGGCGGAGCAGGCAACUACUGCAAGAAGAACGAGGACGCCCACUCGGCCAAGAGCAGGCGCGACUCGUCCAGCACCAGCGGCUCCGAGAGGAGCGGCUUCUGGGGCAGGCUGAGCUCUAGCUCCCGCCGCUAAGCGAUGACUCCAUCCAUCUCUUAUUCACCCGUCAGACUGUCACUAGUCGGGGCUGUCUUUUGUCUUUUCUGUUUGCAGGCUAUGGUGCUUACAAGCUGUUAAUGUUGGAUUUACGCGCGGCGUUUCAUGAGUGUCUUUUUUGCAGCAUAUUCUUUUUUCUUUUCUUUUUCUUUUCUUGUCUUGUAUUAUGGUUGUUAUGAGCAAAACGAACUAGCGAGGUUGUGGUUUCAUACAAUGGGGCCUCAGAGCAAACGAUGGGAGAAAAAAGCAAAAAGCCCGAAAUUGAAGGAGGGGGGAUGCCGCAUGGCAUGUAUUCCAAUCCCUUUCCACACCUGGCUGGCAGACUCCAGGGUGGUUGUUUUGUGCGAAAAAAGGGGGAAAAUCAACACAGCGAUGGCGUUUGUUUCUGGUGAUACGGUUGAGGAUAUAUGAUACCCCCCAUAUAACGAAUCAAAAAAGCGAUGAAAUCAUUUAUUACAUUUACACAAAUCAACAAUAAACUCUUUUGAAUCAACCAUGAUAAUGCUUGAUCCAUCUGACUGUCGGA